AUGCCAACCACCAAAAUGCCUUUUGGUAUUCUAGAUGACGACAAAUUGGAGCAUAUUCCCGGUACAGCACCACUGAACGGGCUCCAAAAUACUGAUACGUAUUCGGGUAUCGAUCCUGGAUUUCUGAAGCGCGAUCCAACGGGGCAAAUUGUACUUGUUCCGCAACCCUCGGACUCUCCGAACGAUCCCUACAACUGGCCACGCAAACAAAAAGAGUUGUUUACAAUUGCAUUCGGAUGGGGCUGCGGGUGUGUUGGAGUGAAGUAUGGAAAGCGACCGGUGUAUCUGGGCACAACAGUCGGUUUGAUGAUUUCCUGCUUCUGGGCGGCCGAGGCGAAAAGUUUCGAGUCUUUCGUAGCUGCAAGGGUCUUUUGCGGGCUCUGUAUGGCGCCGAUGGAGGCAUUAGUCCCGGCAUCCAUUGCGGAUAUUUGGUUUGUUCACGAAAGGGGUUUCCGGACUGCUGUAUUCAACCUAGGAAUCCUUGGGGGAAUCAACUUGGCAGUUCCGAUUGCUGCCGCAAUUAUUGAAUACGGCUCCUAUCGCAUAGCGUUACAUGCAAUGGGAGGCGCCUUUGCACUAACCCUCAUCAUGGUAUUCUUCUGGAUGCCCGAAUCUGCAUAUUGCAGGCAGGCUUUAAACAUCGACACGGGAGAAGCAAACGUCGUGGUUGAAGGCAAAGGAGCGUUGGAGCAGCUUGAACAUGCACCUACCUCCCGAUCAAUGCCAAAUGAAGAAUCCAUGUCCUGGAAGCAAAGGCUGCUGCCAUACAGUGGCUAUUCCAACCAAGUUUCGUUCUGGAAUACUCUGGUCCGGCCGUUCUACCUCAUUGCGUCACCCGCCGUACUGUGGGCAGUUCUUCUUUUCACAACAUGCAUUUCGUGGCUCGUAGGAAUAUCGCUCACGCUAUCGCAGAUAUUUUCUGCACCUCCUUAUAAUUUUUCAGUCGUUGGAGUCGGAGCAACAAAUUUGUCGUCAUUUGUGGCCUCUGUUCUCGGUACCCUGACCGCGGGCCCACUAAUCGACGGUUUGGUCACCAGAAUGUCCAAAAUGAAUGGAGGAAUAUUCGAGCCUGAGUUCCGUUUACCCAUAAUGGUGACAUACCUCCUGUUCACAUCCACCGGGUUUUUCGCUUGGGGUCAAGCUUCAUACGCGCAGGAUCCUUGGCCAGUGCCCGUGAUAGUGUGCCUUGGACUUAUUAACUUCGGUGUUCAGCUUGGUACGACCGGGGUAGUGACAUACGUUGUCGAUUGUCACCGGGAGAAAGCAGGCGAGGCAUUUGCUACCAUGAAUUUCAUCAAGAACUUGUUCGCAUUCGGAUUGUCAUUUUACAUCAACGACUGGAUUGAUAACCAAGGAGUCCGAAACUGCUUCUUUGCCAUCGGAGGUAUCACCAUGGGAGUUACACUAUUCACCAUUCCAAUGUACAUAUUCGGCAAACGAGCUCGCAGCUGGGUUCACCGACACGGAAUUGCUGAUAGGCUGUGA